AUGUUUGUACUUUGUAUCGCUACUGCUUUUAUAUGGGGUAUAACGAAUUGGUUUUUGAAACAAGGUUCGACAGGUUUGCAACGAAUCCAGUACGAUAAUCGAUUAAAACAAUUCACUGCUGAAAUCUGGUAUUUUUUUACAAAUGCGCAAUAUUGGAUUCCAUUUCUAUUCAAUCAAUUUGGUUCGGUACUCUAUUAUUACAGUCUGGCAAAAACCGAUUUUUCAACUGCUGUACCUGUGACGAAUGCGUUAACACUUCUGAUUACCUAUCUAUGUGAUGUUAUCUCACGUCCACAACUAUUGAAUUCUCGAUUUCUUCUCGGCAUGUUAUGUGUGACCAGCGGAGUAGCUCUAUGCGUCAUUUCCAAGCCUCAUUAG